AUGAGCUCGUCUGGAUCAUCGUGGCCACGAGAUGGCGAGAAAAACGACGGAAGUGCUGGAGACCGUUCUGAACGUAGAACUAGGAUUCGUUAUAAUAGCGACAACGACGGCAGUCCAAGGGUGGAGAGUGAGGGCGAGGGAAGUGAGAGCGAGCAGACUGAGAGCGAGGGCUCUUCAGACGAGGGUGGCUCAAGUGAGGAUGAAUCAAGCCAUGACUCAGACGACGGUGAUUCGGAUGAUAAUUCAGACAGCUCAAGCACUGAUGUGAAUUCGACUGCUAGCGGAGAUAGCUCUGAUAGUAGAUUUAGCUCGGCUACUACUCUCGUCUGGAAUUCGGAGGACGACGAAUGA